GGUGACGCCGCAGCUCCAUGUGUGUUGAGAAGCGCACUAUUUGGCAACAGAGGCGGUAGCGGGGAGGGCAGAAAAGAUACAGGGUAUACCCUGAAUUAAAAAAAAAAAACAUCGAAUAAUUGCAGCAAUUGUCACCCUAAAUACCUUGGACGAAGCGCAGUCGACGGAUCGCUGUCGAAUCGACCGAAAUGCCCGUUGUCUUUCCCCUGACGUUGAGGUCUGACAAGCUUCUCCGUACAGAAUGUUGCUGAGCUGCCGGUAUAUAAAAACUCAUAGGGGGAUGUCUGAGGAGGCUGUUCGCCAGACGCGCAGUCAGAAGAGGGCGCUAGUGAGAGAAGUCCCUCCCACUGAGUCUGACUGCAAGAAGCCCAAACUAGACCGGGCAGAGACUGGAGCUCCAGACCAGGAUGAUGAGAGCUCAACUAAACGAAAACCACAACCCGAAACCACAAAAGAUGACCUAGACCAGUUUAAACAUGUGGUCAAGCCUGAGAAGGCACCAGAACUACCCAAGGUAAAAUUAUCGCUAGUGUUACCAUCCCAACCAGCAAAGGAGCCAGAGCGGGACUGGGCCCCGAAACGGUCAGACCCAAGCUUAGACAACCGGACUGAGAGGAAUGACCACAGCGACCAGGUCAGGGUGAAGAGUGAGGUGCCUCUAGAUGGGCGGAACAGGACCGUGAAGUCGGAACCGAUGGUGGCUAGUGGUAUGAUGACUGCAACGGAGGUGAAGGCUACCAUUAAAGUUGAGGUCCAGACAAGAGAGCAGGCGCUGGACAUGAGCACCUCUAGAGGCACUUUAAAGAGGGAGAAGUGUUCCCUGUCCCCAGACGAUGACGUCAUUGUCCUGUCGGACAAUGACUCCUGCAGUCCGCCAAUGAACGGCUUGAACCAUCUCAAGGAGCUGAACACAGACCUACUUAUGAAGACCAGUCCAGAGGACAGGGAUCGCAUCAUAAAGCAGUUGAAAGAGGAGCUGAGGCAGGAGGAGGCCAAGCUGGUGCUUCUGAAGAAACUACGACAGAGCCAGAUACAGAAGGACACACUGCAGAAGGUAUGGACGCAUAUAGCCAAGCCCUCAGUAUUGUCAGGUUCUGCAGCUCCUCCAUCUCUGAUCCGCGGAUCCAUUACAGCCAGCAAAGGCUCCCAGCAGGUGGGGUCAAGUAGGAGUUCAGGCACAGUCAUUCCUCCUCCUCUGGUGAGGGGCGGGCAGCAGAUCUCCUCCAAGCAUGGCUCCCACAACUCCCAGAUCAUCAUGCCACCCCUAGUUAGAGGGGCACAGCCAAUUGCUGUGUCUCCUCAGCAGAUCCAGUCUCUCCAGCAGCAGCAACAGCAGCAACUUUCAGGGUCUGGCUCUGGAGGCUCUGGCCCCCCUCCCCUGCUGCUGGCCUCCAGGGCCAACGUACCCGGCACCCAGGCCCAGAGAGGCCUCAUCAGGGUGGGAAACGUCAACAAUGCCAGCCUGCUGGUCAACAUCUCACAGGCCUCCGCAACUAACGUGAAGGUUCCUUCUAUGACCUCCCAGUCUGGAAACAGCAAUGUGUCUGUGGUCAACGUGAACGACUCUCCUGCUGCCUGUCAGGCCGCAGCUAAGCAAGCCCUGCGUAAGCAGCUGGAGAAGACCCUUCUGGAGAUCCCUCCUCCCAAACUUCCCACCCCAGAGCUAAACUUCCUGCCCUCUGCAGCAAACAACGAGUUCAUCUACCUGGUGGGCCUGGAGGAUGUGGUGCAGAACCUGCUGGACUCCAUGAUGAGAGCUAAAACAGGGAAGCCCCCAGUCAAGCCCUCCAUCAAAGAGCCCUUCACCUGCACCCAGUGCAGCACCGAUUUUACCUGCCGUUGGAGGCAAGACAAGGCCAAGGGCGGGACUAUCCUCUGUGCGGAUUGCAUGUCCUCCAAACAGAAGAAGGCCCUGAAGGCCGAGCACACCAAUAGGCUGAAGGCUGCAUUUGUCAAGGCCCUGCAGCAGGAACAGGAGAUAGAGCAGCAGAUCCUCCAGCAGGCUGCCGCCCCCGUCUCUCACACCCCCUCCUCCUCUUUCUCCUCCUCAUCCACCUCUCUGUCGGUGAAGGCGGAGCAUCUAGUGUCCCAGCAACUGAAACAGGCCCAGGCCCAGGCUAGGGCCUCCUCUCUGCAUCACCAUCACCAACAGCACAACAGAGGACAGAGCAUUGCACGCCACCACUCAACCAACAUCAAACAGGGCCAGCUCUCCCGUGGCGGUGUCCCGUCUGUGGGGGUGAGGGGAGUGUCCCACUCUUUCUCCUCCUCUCAGCUGCAGAGUGCAGUGGCCGCUGCAGGCUUGGUCAGCCGGCCAGGUAAGCAUGCCCAUGUGCGCUCGGCUGCCCAGGGUUCAAAGGGCAGCUCCAGUGGGAACAGCAGCAGUGGUAGCGCCCAAGCCACUGCAUGGAGGAAGCAGAACAACAUCAACACAGGUGUGACCAUGGCCUAUGUGAACCCCAGCCUGCCAGUCCAUAAGACCUCGUCCACAGUGGACGCCCGCCAGAGAGAGUACCUCCUGGACAUGAUCCCCUCGCGCUCCAUCUCCCAGACAGCUAACACGUGGAAAUAAUCAUCUCAUACUCAUUAUCAAUAACCUUUUACCAAUAGCUACUGUUGUCAACGCAAACAAUGCAAUUUACAGUUAAGGAAACGCAGUCUUCAAACUUUUGAGGAGAAGCAUUCUCUUUUCUUUUUUUUUGCAGAGUGUUUUUGUUUCUCUUAUGUUAUUUUUCAUGUCUAUUGUUUGUUCUGAAGUUCACCGAUGUUUGGUCAGUGUGCAUAAACAGCGAUUUACUCAGAAGGAAAGAAAUACACGUGCCUAAAGGGCUUCCUUCCAUAUGUUCGUCAGCCAUGAUGUCUGCGAGUUCAUGAUGGUUUGAGAAUGCUGCUUUUCUCUCAAGAACUCAUGAGACGCCGUUCUGCCAACUGUGCGUUGAUAUCCGACCAUGGAAACGAUGUAUGGAGCUUUACCUAUUGGACGGCACAAUGAGCUGAUUGCCCUUUUGUCAUCACAGACUCAGCAAUGGGAUGCAGACAAACUGUCAAGGUGUGUUCAAGAUUAAAUGACUGACUAGUUGAACUGUUUGCCUUAUAUUCAAGAGUACCCCCCCAAAAAUAUAUAAAAGACAAAAAAAUAUGAUCAAUAAACAUCCUCUUUAACUGAAAAGUUAGCUUUUUACAACCAAAUCUCUAUUUUUGAUGUAAAUUGCAUGUUAUAGAAGGGUCCACACACUUUCUGCGAUUUCCCUUAA